CGAGCCCACGCCAAGCGCUUCCGGCCCCUUUACGUCAUCGCUGCGCGCCGCGCGCGGGCCGUGCCGCCGCCAUGGUGCAGCUCGGGAGCCGCCUCCUGAGGGGCUGCCGCGGCGGCCACGUCGUCAUCCGCUUCGCCCUCGGGGGCUGCACCAACCGGCCGUUCUUCCGCAUCGUGGCGGCCAACAGCAAGCGCGCCCGCGACGGGAAGUACCUGGAGCAGCUCGGCUGCCUUGAUCCGCUGCCCAACGCGCACGGCGAGAAGGUGGCGGGGCUCAACCUGGAGCGGCUGCGGUACUGGCUGGGCUGCGGCGCGCAGCUGUCCCGGCCCGCCGAGAAGCUCCUGGGGCUGGCGGGGUUCCUGCCGCUCCACCCCAUGACGGUGACCGGCGCUGAGAGGUUGCGCCGGCGACGACAGCGCGAGCAGCAGCCCGAGGCUGCCCCUGCGGACGGUCCGGCCGAGCCCGGCACCGCGGCCGGCACCGCGGCCUGACACGCCCCGGCCGGGAGGUUCCCGAGCGGCCCGAGACCGCACCGGUCUGGGACCGCACCGGUCUGGGACCGCACCGGUCUGGGACUGCGCCGGCCCGCCCGGGCCCGAGGACGCGUUCUGCCCGUCAGUGCAUCUGACCCCAUUAAAGUGUUACCUCUACACUCUA